AUGACGUGGCAGCGCCAGCGCACGCUGCGACGCAGUAUGGACCACUGGCACCUCUGGCUUGCUCAGCGGCAGCGUCGUGCCUCGCUGCAGCAGCGCGCGCUGGCGUGGGCCGUAUACUCUCGGAAGCGAUUGCACCACCGACGCAAGUACCUCCAAGCGCUUCGCCAUUGGCACGCGAAUCUGCUGGGCGCUUGCUUUGCGUACUGGCAACAGUGGAUCCGCGUACGGCGGCAGCGACACGCGAUCUUUCGCCGCUGGGUCCAGCGACAACAGCGCCGUGCCAUUGGCCUGUGGACCGACUUUGCACUUUGCCAGAGCGAGUACGCGGCCUUGGUCGCUGCUGCCGAUGCCACGUGCCACGGGCGAUUGCUGUCACGCGUUCUGCGUGGAUGGCAGCUCGUCACACAGCACCGCCGUUGGCGCGAGCAGACCAUCCACGACGCCGUCUGCGUGCGAACGCUGCGAUGGGCUGCUCGCGUGUGGCAGCACUGGGCGGCCUACAGCACGUACCGCCGCGCCAAGCAGGACGAGGCAGGCAUGGCGCUCACCUUGUACCAUGCGACGCUGCUUAAGUCCAUCUUUUGCAAGUGGCGCACGAUCUGGCACGUACUCUCGAGUGCGCGCUUGGCCCUCCAAGCCACGACACUGCGUCUUCAGAUGCUUCUGCAGCUGUCGUGCUUUCGCGCGUGGCUGGCGUUCGCGCAUACCUCGUUGCACCACCGACAUCUCCUCACCUCGUACCUCGCCCGAGAUCGAAAGCGGCGGCUACGCCGUCUAUUGCGCGCAUGGCAGGCGUGUGCCAGCGGAAGCGCCCGUCGUCGGCGACUCGCAGCGACACACCAUCGCAUCUUCCAGCUCCAGCGCGGUCUGGGCGGAUUCCAAGCCGGCGUAUUGCAGGCCAAGCGGCGCCAGAGUACUGCGUCGAUUGCUCGGCGGUUCCUCGUUCGAAGCGUCCAGCAACGGCUCUGGUGUGUCUUUUGCAAGUGGCGCGAAUCCACGGACCGAAAACUGCGCGCCAAACACGCGCUCACAUUUGCGCUCGCGACGCAGACCUCGUCGUGCGUGCAGUACUGGCAUCAUGUCGCUCAGCUCCAGUGCCAGCGACGCGCACGCGUGGUUGCCAAGCUGGCCGAGAGGACGACACGGACGACGUGGCGGGUGUUGCACCUCUGGCGCCGCCAGGGCCGGCUACAAAGAGUGGUGCGGCGUGCGGGGAUCGAACACCGGCUCCGCGUGCUCGACCACGUCUUUGGCGCGUGGCGCGCGUACUGCGAGGCAAAGCAGCGCCGGCGCCACGUCGCAGACGAUUGGGUGACGUCGCGCCAGUCGACGCUGGCGACUCGCGUGCUGACGCGCUGGGCGACGUGGGCGCACCGCCGGUGCCGCGCGCGGACGGUCGUGCUGCGAUCACAGAGUCUCUGUCGAGCGCACUGGGAGCGCUGGCGCCGCGCCUACACGGUCGCCACGUACUUUGCUUGGUAUCGCAUGCGUCGAGUGCUCCAUCUCUGGGCCGCGGGCACCGAUCUCCGGCGGGCGCGCCGGGCAACGUCCGCAACAGCCGACGCGUUUGCGGUGCAGCGGACACUGGCCUUUUGGCACCGAACGACACGAUGCGCCGCCAGCAGACGCAAGCGCUUGCACGCUGCCCGCGCACGGUACGAGACGCAGCUCCGGCGCAAGCUGCUUUGCGCGUGGGCACAGCAGUGUCGCCGUCGAGAAGGCUGGUGGCGCGCCGCAGUCGCAUUCUACGAUGCAACGCUACGGCGCCGCCACGUGUCAUGUGUCUGGUUUGCGUGGCAGGCGUACCACCACACCAAGAAAGCACGCCCAGGCGCUCUCUCGAUGGGUCGUGGUAGCGCGAUCAAGGCGCUUGACUGCGUCACAUACAGUCGCAUUCUCAGCGAGUGGUCGUCGCAUGUGCGGGAGACGCGCCGCCUCCAGCUGCAGUGCAGGCGCAUGGGUGAGCUCUUGAUGGCACGCGUCGUUGCGCAGGUGAUGGCGGCGUGGAUACGCUUCACCGCGACGCGUCGAGUGAAAGCCGAGAUGCGGUAUGCGGCCAUCCGCCACCGCAAUGGAAUGCUGCAAGGGGUCCUCUUCCUCGACUGGUGGCAAGUCAUGUCAGUGGUAUUUGCCACGUGGCGGCACUGUCUUCUACUGCGCAAGACAGAUCGAUUUCGCGCAGCCAAAGAAGGUCGCGUCGUGAGCGCGUGCUUUCAGAGCUGGCAGACUUGCUGCACAACGGCACGACGACUGCGAUCCUGCCACGUGGUCAUCGCGCUCCAGCGAGAUCGCACGUGCUGCAAUCGUAGCUUCCAGGCAUGGCGACGGUGGACGACGCUCCAGUCGCUCAGCUACGGCGCCCGCCUUGCGUACUGCGAAGCCUUGCUCUCGCGCGUCGUCACUAGCUGGCGCCACCAUGUCCACGUGCAUCAAGCGGCGGCGACGGUGCGAUUUCAGUCCCGUCUCGUCUUGGGCCAACUCGCCCUCGAUCUACACGCAACGUGGAACGCAUGGCAGCGCCUCUUUCGAGCACGCCACUGGCAUCGACACGCAACCUAUGUCGCCGUGUGGGCUUUAUGGCGCGUUUACGCCGCCGACCACAAGCGAAUGCAGACGCAUGCCCUCUCGAUUGCGCGACGGGCGGCGACAUCGUUGCAGGCGCGCGUGUUGCGUGCGUGGCACCUCCACGCCCGCCACGUCGUCCAACUCCGCCGCGCCCUUGUCGCCAAGCGUCAGCGGAAACACGUGCUCACAAUGCACUUGCGGCAGCGUGGCCGGCAGCGCCGCCAAGCUGCUUUUACGCUCUGGCGCGAGGCCGUGCUCGCCGCGCGGGCUUUUUUCCACUCUUUGCAGCGCCGGCGCGACGCGCAGACGAUCGCUGCGGUGUUUUCAAGGUGGCGCGGUUCCAGCGAGAUCGCGCGCCGCGUGCACGAGACAAAGCGCCACAUGGCGUCGUGGCGAUCGCAGCGCGCCCUCCUCGCGUGGCACCGGGUGCGCAUCGCCCGCGCCCAUUUGCGCGUUGUGCUCGCUGUCGUGGACCGAUGGCGCCGCGACCAGACGCUCCGCAAGGUCUGGCCGCGCUGGGCGGUCGCGGCCUCGCGGCAGAAACGACUUUGCCGCUUCACGCUGGCCCGCGAGCAGAAGGCGCGGCGCGAGGCCGUGCGCGGGUGGCAGUACAACAUCCACGUCACUCAGCUUGCGACCAAGAGCCGCCUCUACGCUCGGCUGCGUCUCUUGAGCAAACGCUUCAACCAGUGGCGACAACAAGCGCAUUGGCUGCGACGAGUGCGGGCCUUUGCGACGCGUGUGACGCGGCAGACGUGGCGGCGCGCGUACGUCCGCCAUUGGCGGCUGCACACCCAACGCGCGGCGAUCGAAACUCGCAAGGCGGACGCGACGCAGCUCCGUCGCGCGGCGCGGUGUCAUAUGCGGCACCUCUGGCGCCGGUGGCGGAGCGUCGCACUCUGCAGCCGUGCGUGCUGGUGGUACGAGCAGACGUUGACGCGAACCUCCAUGAUGUGCUGGCGCACCUAUUGCAUCCAAGAGCAGUCGGUUCGGUACCAGCACGCGGUGGCCUCGCGCCGACGCCUCAAGGACGCGUGGGCGACAUGGCGACGAUACCAAUGGAAGCGACUUGCGACAGCACAAGCCCGUGCGUUUGCUCGCUUCCGCCGGCUCCAGUCUGCCCUCGACGCAUGGCUCUUGGGCAUCGAGACACAAGCAGCCGAGACAACGGCGAUGGAAGCCGCAGCAACAGCGUUGUAUGCCUCCCAGCUACGGCGCCAGCAUUUCCGUGGCUGGUCGCACGCCAUGGUUCGCACCAAGGCGCAGCGCCAGCGACACAAGACCAUGGUCCACACGUGGCAAGCGCUGCGACAAGAGCGGCAUCUCACGCUUGUGUGGCGCGCGUGGGCGCGGGUGAGUCGCCGACAUCGGGUCGUUCGCACGCACCGCGCCAUCAAGCACGCUUCUGUGAUGCAGGCGACGUGGCAGCACUGGAUGCGGUACGUCGAGCACCAGCAGGUCCGCACCAAGCAGGUCCAUUCCGCGAAGGUGCUUUGGCGCGACAUCUUACUGCGCCGCACGCUGCACCAUUGGCACAUUUCUGUAGUCGCCAGUCGCGCCGAGGAUCCGAGUGUGUCGACCCUGUGCGAUAUUUCAACGUAGAUAAUGUCAUGUAUAAAAGAGGG